AUGGGGGCUGGAGCGAGCGCCGAAGAGAAACACUCCAGAGAGCUGGAGAAGAAGCUGAAAGAGGAUGCCGACAAGGAUGCAAGAACUGUCAAGCUGCUGCUGCUAGGUGCUGGAGAAUCAGGCAAAAGCACAAUCGUCAAACAGAUGAAAAUUAUCCACAAAGAUGGUUACUCCCUUGAAGAGUGCUUGGAGUUCAUUACCAUCAUCUACAGCAACACCCUGCAGUCAAUCAUGGCCAUUGUGAAGGCCAUGAACACACUCAAUAUUAACUAUGGCCACUCUGAUCAGCAGGACGACGCCAGGAAACUCAUGCAUCUUGCAGACACCAUUGAGGAAGGCACCAUGCCUAAAGAGCUGUCAGACAUUAUUUUGCGCCUGUGGAAGGACUCAGGCAUUCAGGCGUGCUUUGAGAGGGCCUCAGAAUACCAACUCAACGACUCCGCUGGAUACUACCUGAACGACUUGGAGCGACUGACCCAACCAGGCUAUGUGCCCACUGAGCAGGAUGUGCUGCGAUCAAGAGUGAAGACCACUGGUAUCAUCGAGACCCAGUUUGGCUUCAAAGAUCUGAAUUUCAGAAUGUUUGAUGUGGGUGGCCAGAGGUCAGAGAGGAAGAAGUGGAUUCACUGUUUCGAAGGUGUGACCUGUAUCAUCUUCAUUGCUGCUUUGAGCGCCUACGACAUGGUGCUGGUGGAGGAUGAUGAAGUGAAUCGAAUGCACGAGAGUCUGCACUUGUUCAACAGUAUCUGCAACCACCGCUACUUCGCCACCACCUCUAUUGUACUCUUCCUCAACAAGAAAGAUGUGUUCCUCGAGAAGAUCAAGAAAGCUCAUCUCAGCAUGUGCUUCCCCGAGUACGACGGGCCCAAUACCUAUGAGGAUGCUGGUAACUACAUCAAAGUGCAGUUUUUGGACCUGAACAUGCGCCGAGACAUCAAAGAAAUCUACUCUCACAUGACCUGUGCCACAGACACAGAGAACGUCAAGUUUGUGUUUGAUGCCGUAACUGACAUCAUCAUCAAAGAAAAUCUGAAAGAUUGUGGUCUCUUCUAA